CCAAGCACCACGACCAUGCUCCUUUCCUCUCUCAAUAUUCUCAAGGCUUAACGCACAUCAAGACAUAAUUACUCUUAUAUUCUACAUCAGCAUAUUACUGCAAGAGCAGGGCCGUCAGUGAUCGUACUUGCGAUUUCUUCUUUCAAUUGAAGUGACAGCUUCAUGGAGAAUCUGACGUUACCCUUCAAAGACAUUGGACGGCCUCCUGCGCUGCUCCAUCGCUUCACUUCAGCACACCCGAGCGGGAUUGAGCCUUCGCCAUCCCCGAGUCCACCGCCUGAGCAGUAUUUCGAUGAUUCUAGCCCGUCGACUUCCAGAUCCCGACCAACUUUAAUGCAAGUCCUUGGAACAGGCCUCAGUGACACCGAUGCUGCUGGAGACGCCGCAUCUACUUCGGGUGAUGCCAUCCCUGGACUCAUGAUACAGCCUUCAUCCAGCAUCGCCUCUCCUACUGUACCUUCUGUAAUAACUCUCCCCACCGACACGGCUUUAUUGAAUGCAUCUGAAUGGCAGUUGCGGUAUCCAUCUUCUGAGCCACCAAAGUCUGACCCGCAUACACACCCCUCUUCCACGCCGUUGCCUGCUUCCACCAUCGAGGUCGUUCCUCCCGCUUCAGACGAUAUACCAUUGCAAUCAGGGAAUUCUUUGGAGACUUUAAUCAAGCUCAAAGACCAGCUCUUGUCUUCGUUGGCCUCCUACACCCCUCCAAACCCAUCCACCGGGUUUCUUCUCGCGAAAGCAUCACGCGAACAGUCUUCCGCGGCCCUCGAUGCCGCCAAACGUGCUCAUGCACUGGCACAACAGUCGUUGAGUUCUGUUCAAGAAUGUGCCAAUGUUGCACACGAGGCACUUGUCGCGGCUGAACGGGCCCAUUCCCUAGCAGAGAACGCGACAGCUGCUAUAGAUAAGCUCAAGACCGACAAUGAACCAUGGAAGGUCCUGGAAGAAGCUGUCAGAACGGAGCUUGCCUCUCUGACUCAAUGGAUAGCAUCGGAGGAACAAUCUAGAUUAUUGGCUGAGACGAGAAGACUCGCCAAUAGUGCACGAGAUUUGGAUGCUAGCAAUGAUGCUUCGGGUGAAAACCCGCACUCCGACAGGGCCACCCAACUGUCGCGAGGCUCCAUAAAUGGUUUCGAGGCCAUGCCUGACAGCGACAUCGUUAUGGGCUCUCCCGACGAUCUACGUAAUAGUGCGGAACUCCCUCACGAGAAGAUCAACGACCCGCCGGUGCCAGAUGAUGACCUACGCCGUCGGCAGGAGAUACAACGCAGACUUGACGAAGCAAUGGCCGCGGCUGAGGCCAAACGGUUGGAAGGUGAAGCACGAGAUUUGGCAUUGCGCAAGGUCGAAGAGGAGCGACUGCAGAGGGUGAAAGAUGCCGAAAUUGCCGCCAGGCGGGCCCGAGAGGAGGAAGAGGCUGAAAUCCUGCAGGCUCGACAGCAGCGAGAGAAGGAAAAGAAACUACAAGCUGAACAAGCGGAAGCUCAAAGGGCCGCUCAGGAAAAGGAGCGACGCGAGGCUGAGGAAGCACUUGCUAACAGAAGCAGGGAGGUCGAGAGGAGACGUGCACUCGAGUUGAAACUGGCUGAGCAGAAGAAACAACGCGAGGAGGUUCAGCUCGCGAAGAUGCAAUACAAUCGCGUACAGGCGGCUCGGAUACAUGCAGAGAGAGCAAAGGUUUUGUCUGCAGACAAUGCAACCAGUCUUGCUCCGCCCCCUCCCGCUAGCUCGUUGAUCCCGCCGUCGAAUGGGACUCUACACCCUUCUGCGUCAGAAGCAGUACCUAUGAAUUCAGUACCGCCUGUGCCUACAGUACCCUCCUCGCAACCUCAAGUCUCUCCUCCUAUGCCGUUGUCUUCGCUUCCCACCCAUCCGACUAUGACUUCGUCGGGUCCCGCCAGCAUGCAAAUAGGAAGUGUUGGAGCCCAGCGGACGUCUGUAGAGGUCCCGUUGCCUGUUCAAGCCCCCAAACAGUUUCCACUGAAAGGGAAUCAUCGGGCGCUUUCGGGGGAGGUGAAGCCGGGAACAACUCCCGCGCUUAGCACUGACCCGCCGCCUUCUUUAAUCCACACAGCUUCUCUUGGAUUACGACCGCGCGUGUCUGAAACGUCGCCGGUGCCUUCAGCUUUGCUGCCAGUGGAUACCACCAGACUGACACAUGCUCUCCCAAGCAAGCCAGAUUCAACGUCUCCAUCCGACAUUAUCAGUCCGUGUAUAGGUAUCCUCGAAUCCCAAAGGCGUUUAUCCACCGACAGGCACAGUGUUCCUCCCAUUGACCAUCUUCCGCAAUCCCAUCUCGGCACACCAGAGUCCGAGACAAUGGUGCCAUAUUCCACAUCAGAUAGUGGUAAUGUUCCCAUUAUUAAGAUGGAAAACAUGGAUGAGCUUUUUCAUGUACAAGAAGCCAAUUUACGGCAUAUUCGAGAGCGGACUCGUAUCGAUCCGUCGCAGAUGGUCAAAGCAGAGGAAGCCGGCCGCCAGGGUCCCGACUCUGUCUCUCAGCCUCCACAGCAUGCAGACGGCCCUUCCGAUGCCCCAUCGCCCGUCCCAAACGUUAUUCCUCUCAACAAUAUGCCCGCUUCUGCUCUUCCUCCUAUCGUUGGUUCCUUACAGACCUCAAUUACCUCUGUUCCACAAGAAGAUGCUGCCCAUAUUCACGCUCAAUCAACGCCCGCUGCUGCAACAAACUCCCCUUCUUUACUUCGGAAGCCCAAGAAAGCUAAGGCUUCUAAAACUUCGCCGACUAAUCAGAUAGCCUCUCAGCCAUCUCGAGGGAACCAACAUGUGGCUUCAACCAAUCAGCCGACUCCUCAGACCAACCGAAAGGCACCACCGCCUCCAGUCAAUCAGAAAGCACCGCCGGCCAAACAGCAGGCACGCGUUGCAGCCGUUCCGGCACCGAAGCCUCCUAUUCAGAAGAAAACGCCUACGAAACCGCGAUCAACAUCACCUCUGACAGGUCAGGUAGACCUCGGACGUACCAUUCACAACCGAUCUUCAUACUCAUCAGGGUCUUCAACUUCUCGUGUAUCUGAACCCCGUGGACCAUCUCCGAUGGGACCGGAAGGCUUUCCUAGCGAAAACGGAUGGCAUAAUGCUUGUCCUGUCGACGAAGAUCCUACUUAUGAGCGUCACUCCUACGAACCUGACCGAUAUUCGUCUUCAUCCAACAGACGUGGUUGUUACUCUCCCACUCAGGAUUAUCCCAACGCGCCCAAUCCAAACUCAUAUGAUAGGCGUUGUGAUUAUUAUUCUCCCUCUCCUCCGCCGAGUCCCCGAGGCAGACCCAUGUCUCCGAUCGCUCGUUCUCCUUCACCGACCCUUGGCAUGAAACGGCGAAGACGAGAAGAGUCUGCCUUUGUUCGCAAUGGCCGUCAGCGACAAGAAGACGGUGAUCCUUACAGCCGUGUACCGAUGACAAGAGCGAGAGGCAUACCUUCACGACCGCAGACACCCCCUGCCGUUCGGAACCGGGACACUUCUCCACCUCCAACGUUAGUAUCGCGACUCGGAACGAACAUUGACUACACUGGAGACAAACCUGCCGCGGACUACCACUACUCUGCAGCUCUCGCUCAUCCACCUACAUAUUCCUACAAGAGUAGCCGCCGGCUUAGCAGCCCACCUCCUCGGAUCAGUAACGGCAACAACCUACUUGGACGACUUAGCAAUGGUCGAGGUGGUGGAAACUCCAAGCCCCGUUUAGCUGCUCGUAUCGGUGACGCUGGUAUCAAUGACUCUUAUUAAUCGACGAUGAAAUGGUGUAUAAGUAUAAUUCUCUUCCAUAAUUCUCUGUGCCUUUGCUGCGGACUCUGACUUGUAAAGAACAAAUGUUUGCCCAUUUUCGACGGAGCGCAUUAUUUAUGGGUAUUGUUAAACAGAUGUCAUUGUAUCUUGGGAAAUAAACAAUUCCGACAUACGAUGCGAACCAACCUUGAAUGGAGAGCAGAU